CGCACGGCGACGACUAAAGCAACGGGUUGUCUUCCGGAAAUCAAAGAAAUUUCGUAUUGUUUGUUCGCCACAUUCGGGCAAUCCGAAAGGCAUCGAUUGCUUGUUCGUCUAGAAGCCCUAAUUGUGGAUUUGGCUACACUGACUGGGGCUUGUGUUGUUGCUCUUGGACCUUCCAUUGCUGGUGUUCUUACACCGAGCUUUUAUCAAGAAUAUGAACUUACGCAUUCACAACAGCCGAUACUGAAGCUGACAGAGCAUACGGCUGCCGUGAAAGCCAUUGCUUGGUCGCCACAUCAGAAUAGCCUUUUGGCUUCUGGAGGAGGAACUGCUGACCGUUGCAUUCGGUUCUGGAAUACGUCGAGCGGCAAUCAGCUCAAUCGUGUGGACACUGGUAGCCAGGUUUGCAAUCUAGCAUGGAGUAAAAAUGUGAACGAAAUAGUCAGCACUCACGGAUAUUCUCAGAAUCAGAUAAUGGUGUGGAAGUAUCCAUCCAUGGCAAAGGUCGCAACUCUGACUGGACAUAGUUUACGUGUACUGUAUUUGGCAAUGUCUCCUGAUGGUCAGACAAUCGUGACUGGGGCAGGAGACGAGACGCUCAGAUUUUGGAAUGUUUUUCCAUCUGUAAAAACACCUGCAGCAGUUAAGGAUACGUGCCUUUGGUCUUUAGGCAGAACUCAUAUCCGA